GGUCUCUGCCUACUUGAGGUCUCCCAGCGUGGAGCAGGUGUGCUGGUCCUGGAGCCUCUGUGCUGUGCAGAUGAAGCCACGGGUGGACACCUCGCUGGGAGCGGGGAGAGAGGUGCGGGGACGAGCCCAGGGGCGUGCGGUGCGGCGACAGCGCAGGGGCUGCCAGAAGAGCCCCCCCCAGAGCAGGGAGCAGCAGGCAGAGCCAGCUGGGCUCCUCGCAGUUCCGGAUGAAGGGAGGAUGAGCAGUCCCCAGGAGCACCUGGAUAGGGUUUUGGCUGCAAGCAAGGAGAGCAUGGAGAGCGUCAGUGAGGAGCCGGGCACGGAGCUGGCUUUGUGCACCGGAGACGGCGAUGGGAUCGAGGAAGAUAAAGGAACCCCAGAGGAGUUACUGCUGAGUUUCCCCAUUGAGCUCUCAGUGCUGGAGAGACUGGGACUGCACAGCACGGAUUUGACGGAGCAGGACGUGGAGGCAGCCUUUGCACACCUCGCCCUGGCAUUUCGCUGUGACGUGUUCACCCUGCAGCAACGGGUGCAGGUGGAGAAGCGGGCACAAGAUGCAGCAGAGGAAAACAUCCAGGAGGAGCUGGGGCAGUGUCAGACUGCCCUGGAGAGGCUGAGCACAUCCUGCACGGAUGUGAGCUGCAAGGAGGUGCUGGAGCAGCUGCAGUGCAGCCUGGCCGUGCUGGCAGCUGCUAUCAAGCGUGCCACCAGUGCUGCGGAGAAGCUGGGAGCUGUCCACCAGGAGGCGCGGAUGAGCCGAGCGGCGGAGGUGAUGGUCCAGCAUGUGGAGAACCUGAAGCGGCACCACCUGCGUGAGCACGCUGAGCUGGAGGAGAUGAAGUGCCUGAUUCAGCAGAACUCCCGCAACCGGCAGCUGGCAGAGACCCAGGAUGACGUAGAGCUGCGUCUGAGGCCUCACCCCCUGAUGCGAAGUUUCCAGCAGGCGUCUGCACGCCGCAGAGUCAGCAUUGCUGUCAUCCCAAAGCAGCUCUUGCCAGCUGCCAGCAUGGAUGACCAAGCAACCCUCGCUGGCAAGCCCGAGGGUGCCCAGCACCAGACCAGCGCCCAGAGGUAAUGGUGCUGGGAACAAACUGGAGCCACCAGGCCAGGGCAACGCGGUGAGCGAGGGACUAGUGGCAGAAGCAGGCAGCAAAGAGUCAGAAUCGAGCACAGGGGGC